UGAAAGUGGGUUUAUGAGUUAAUGUAUUUUUAUUCUUUAGAAAAUUAAAAAAAUAGAUUUUUAUGGUGUGUAAGUGUAGAUUACUUUUAAAAUGAUGAUGUAGAUUAAUUUUAAGAUGUGUUUUCGAUCUACAUAUCAUUUGUGCAUGCAGGCCAGUGCAAAAUAUUUUCGGACCCGCUCUAAUUUUCUAGGCUCUUUAAAUUUAUAUUUAAUGAGACAGUUGUAGUUCUUUGUUACAGCUUUAAUAGAGUUGUUUAAAUAAUACUAUUAGAAUGGUAUAUUAAUAAAAAUGGAGAGUCGACAUGCUCCUCCUGGUGUAAACUCUCGAUCAUUAACUGCUGCACAGUCGGCUGCAGAGCUUGAGGUCCUAAAACAAAUUGAGAAUGUAUACUUUUCUCCACCAAAUGAGUUUGAUGCUGCCCGGUAUGCUCUGAACCACGUCCCUUCAUACACAAAUACUGAUGAUAUAGAGCAAAUGUUCACAAAACUCAAAAGACAACAGCAAGUUGUGUCCGGCAAAGCACUCCAUUUAAUAUCACAACAACGCGACAAUUGUGAUAGGGAAUUCGCUGAAAUACAAAAUAUAAGGCAACAACUCACAACAACACUAAACACAUGUAGACAAGCCCGAGAAAACCUCCAAAUUGCCUCCAACCAUUUGACUAUAUCCACUUUUGUUAUCCUGGCUAAUGUCAGAAAGAAACAGAUAAUUAAAUCUGUACUAAAGUCAUUGGAUUUGCUUAGAAGCCUCCGGAGUGUUGAAAAGGAUGUGGCGGAAUUACUUAAUAAAAAAGAGUAUUACAAUGCCAUUGAAUUGAUAUUAAAAAGUCUCAAGGCAGCUUCAAAUCAUAAGGAAUACACAUGCAUAGCAGAUCUAACAGCACGGCUCGAAGACACCCUUGAUAUGACGGAGGAGAAACUUGACUCAGUCCUAUCCAGCAUCUGUUAUAACUUUGAUGCUUCAGUCUUUUCUAAACUGAAAAGGGCUUAUGAUCUGUUAGGCAAGACUCAGGCAGCUAUGGAGCAAUUACAUAUGCAUUAUUCCUCUGCGGUGAACGAAUCUGCUUUUGAGGCUGUCAAAUCCUUUGUUGAUAGUGUUUCCAUGGAAACCAAGUUUCAGGAAAUGUGCCAAUCUGUGCCUACGAACAAGGCCCCAACGUGUUUGUUGAAUCUCUGCGAGAAUUUGUUCCUUGUGAUGCGUAGUUAUUACAUUCUAGUGAAUUGGUAUAAUCAAAAUGAGGAAUCAAGUAAUUCAGGUAAUGUAUGUGAUAUUGAGAAGAAUGUCAGUCGGGAGUACAUUAAACAGAAGUUAAAAGGAGGUCUCGUAAGAAUCUGGCAUGACGUGCAAAGCAAAGUGUCGAUGUUCCUGAAAAGUUCUGGCUUAGAAGAAUAUCCAUUUGAAAAGUUUAUCCAAGUGUUGGGAAUUCUACGGAAAUUGACUCAAGUGGCUGAAGUUUUCUGUGGAGACACGUCAGAUCUCUUGCAGGAUUUUAUUAAAACUCAAAGUGUGGCGUAUAUAAAGAAUUACCACAAGGGACGUAUGGAGGAAUUGAAGCUCUUCUUAGAAAACGAAGGAUGGGAACAGUGUCCUGUCAAAUCAACUUUCACAGUACUAAAUUUACAGGAAUUCAAACAAUUUAAGAAAUAUUUCAAGCCUAAGACGGAUAUUGGAAAAAGUUCACAAUCAUCUUCAUCUGUUCAGUCUUUAGAUGAUAGCGUAUACAUAUCUAAAUACUUUGGACAAACAACAAGGACGCCAUUCGAGAUAUUUCGAAACGAAAACGUUACUAAUGACGACAUAUUCGGAUUAGAACCAGAAUCGGAUGUUAGUGAGGAAUCUGAUGACGAACCUGAUGAAUUAAAAAGAGAUUUCGUUGAAGACGCCGAAGUACAGGAGAGUCCGUCGAAAGUGUCCAAUAGUGUGAUAGUCACGAACACAACACUAUCCGUGCUAAGAAAUUGCGGGCAAUAUCUUCAAAUAUCAAGAUAUCUACCCCAGAUUGCCUUAGAAGUGAUAAUGCUGAUGAACCAGCUAUUUGACUACUAUUUCUACACAGUACACCUAUUUUUCACUUCUGACCUAGAAGUUGCGUCCAGCACGUUAUACACGCCGAAGUUGAAUGGUGUUUUAAAAAGAAUCUCGAAUAUAGAAGAUAAUUUCGCCAUACCAAAACUAACUGAAAAUCUAGUAAAAACAGAAUCAAAUCUGCAUGGAUUAAGCGAACGUAUAGUCGGUGUUGAGAGCCUGAUUUUCUUAGCGAAACAAUUCGAUACGCUCCAGCCGUAUUUGGAAACGAUUGUCGCGCAGCAUCAAAGGAUGAUUCUGGAACAUUUCCGAGACAACACCUUGAGAGUCGUGGGUGAUUUGCGGAUGCCGGCAUACAUGUGCUCGGCGUCGAAGGCUGUUGACGCCCGGUCAGCCCUCAUCGGGAUAUCCCAAGUUAGAUGGGAUGUUAAGACAGUGGCCGGUGAACAUAGCCCGUACGUGGACAUGAUUGUUCGGAUGAUACAAGUGUUCGCACUGCGUUUGGAGAACAUCUCCCAAAAGGUUACGCUAAAUAUCGACAUCGUCAACGCAAUUUGGGGCAUGGUGGCUAAGUUUAUAGUGCAUCUGUUGGUUGAGGGGUUCUCCAAUGCGUCAAAAUGCUCGAAUGGCGGUAGGGGCUUGAUGCAAUUGGAUUAUAGGCAGCUGUUUGUGAAAUUGGAGAAGAUUUCUGGCUUGAGACCGAUUCCAUAUCAGGAUUAUGUGGAUAGGUAUGUUAAGGCAUAUUAUUUGCCACGGGAUGAGUUGGAGGAAUUUGUUAGGGAUAGGGCUGAAUAUUCAAAUAAGCAUUUGAUCGCCUUAGUUGGGUGUGCUUGUGAAAAUAAAAGGGAUAGACAGGCGUUACUGAGUGUUUUAGAAGGGAGGGAAGUUUCCUAGAUUCACAAAAAGAGGUUUGGUUUUUGUAUGGACAGCUGCAGCGGGAAGGAAUUUUAUUAUUUGGAAUGAAUAAAAUGUGUCCGACUCACCUCAGUGAAACUUUGGGACCGACUUCCAACAUUCAAGUCUUGGUGAUCUCAUUAUACCUUCCAAAGUUUUUUUUUAUAGACCUAGGGAAAAGCAGGACUCAACUGAUGUUACUGCUGGACACGCUUAAUACUAGAGGGCCGGUGUGUGUGACCGGUCUUUUAAUAAUUGGUAUCAUUUCUUGACCCAAAAUCGAAUUGGUUUUAGUUCAAAGACUCAUAUUAUUUUGCCUGAAUACAGAGCUAUGUAAUCUUUCUUUUUAGAUCAAACCUACUUAUCAAUAAAAUUGGUUUUAAUUAAGAACUUAUAGUUAACUUAAGUUCGAACCUCAGAUAUUCAUUCAUAAUUCAAUUGCACAGUUAACGAAGUACUCUUUUGUCUCUUCUAUCAAAUUGCGUUUACGCUAUCAUGAAACGAGACAGGAGCAGUUAGUUUCUCACGUUUUUCUCCAAAUUUUUUGCUUGACCUCUAGUCGUUUUGGGGUU